AUGACUGAACAUAAUUUGAUGCAUGCUUUUUGCCUCAAGGGAUCAAAAAUCCUGUCUCCAUCCCUAAAACAAAUCCAUCUGGUUUCCAUCGAUAUAGAUUGUAGCUUCUUAACUUCUUUAACUAACUGCAGCAACCUCCAGGAACUGGACAUUGGCCUUAACAGGUUCAAAGGUGAAUUACCAACUUUGAUUGCUAAUUUUUCAACUACUCUUCAACAGCUGAUUGCAGGAGCAAACCAGAUAUCAGGAUCCAUCCCUGAAGGAAUAAAGAAUUUAAUUGGCCUGACAUGGUUUGAGAAAGGAGCUGCCAAGAGUUUUGUGGAAGAAUGCAAUGCUUUGAGAGGUAUCCGACAUCGGAACCUCAUCAAGAUAAUCACUACUUGCUCGAGCAUCGAUUCCAAAGGCGAUGAUUUCAAGGCGAUAGUUUUCGAGUCCAUGCCCAAUGGAAGCCUCGAGGGGUGGCUACACCAAAGUGAAGAUGAGCAAGACCACCAAAGAAGUUUAAGUCUUACUCAGAGACUAAGAACAGCGAUGGAGGUAGCAUCUGCACUACAGCAUCUUCACCAUCACUGCCAAGCAGCACUUAUUCAUGGUGAUCUGAUGCCGAGUAAUAUUCUGAUGGAUCAUGACAUGACUGCACACAUGGGUGAUUUUGGAGUAGCACAUCUAUUAUCUGAUCAUAGCCUACCCACUAGUUCUCAAAAUAAAAUCAGUUCAAUUGGGAUAAAAGGAAAUGUUGCCAAUGUUGCUCCAGAGUAUAGUAUGGGCAGCCCAUAUAUUUACAGGAAAGAGACCUACUGA